AUGGGACUAGUUGUGGAUGAUGGGUCAGAGGAGGUGGUAGAGGUGUAUGGUUUAAUGGGUAACGAAACUGGGUUUGGAGCCUUGGUUAAACAGAUGGAGGCGGAGGUUGUAGAUAUGAACCCAAAUGUCAACGGACCCUUUCUUCUUCUUAUCCUUCCUGUCACUUCUAUCUCUCAUUAUACCCCCACCACUAAUCCACCACAGCAAAAGUCUAAUCCCUUCCUAUCUUCUUUCCCUGAUGACAUCAGAACCAAAGUCGUUGAUAAAAUUCUCCAGUCCUUUCUCCAUCUUAGACCACGCUCUCGUCCUAGAACUGCAUACGAAUAUCUACUCUCCCACACCCUUGCAAAUACAAAUCCUCUUCCCCUUGCCCUUGCGAUCAUUCAACGCGUUCUGCGCUCUGGCUGCACACCGGUUCCACAAAUUCACCUCUCCCUAUCGUCCGCAUGGCUUGAUCACCGCCAAACCCAUUCUAUUGUGGAUAUCUUGAAUGAGAUGCGAUCGAUUGGGUACCACCCUGAUUGCAACACCUGUAAUUACCUUCUUUCAUCCCUCUGUGCUGUUGAUCAAUCAGCCGAGGCAAUCAGGGUUCUAAAGGACAUGGAUGGGGCUGGAUGCAAUCCUGAUUCAGAAAGCUAUGGGACAGUUAUUGGUGUAAUGUGUAAGGCCAGGAAGACUGGUGAUGUAGCUGAGCUGAUGAGCGAAAUGGUUACAAAAUUUGGGUUGAUGCCGAGGCAAGGGACAGUCAUUAAGACAGUUGCAGCAAUGAGAGCAAACAGGGAGAUAGUGAGAGCUGUUGACAUGGUUGAGUUUUUGGAGAAAAAGGGUUGCAGCAUUGGGUUUGAGGCUUAUGUGACGGUGGUUAACGGAUGUUUAGAGAGGCGAGAGUUUAUUCUGGCAGGAAAGGUGCUGAUGGAAAUGGCAGAGAGAGGAUUUAUACCUUACAUCAGAGUCAGGCAGAGGGUGGUUGAAGGGCUUGCUAGUGUUGGUGAAGGGGCUCUUGCCUCUGCUGUGAGGCAAAGGUUUGCAGAUUUGAACUCUUAGCUCCUAAAGCACUACUGGCUAAAGAAGCACAACUACAAAUAUGCCAUGCAGCUUACUCUAGGUGGCAGUCUUUUCUCACACUGUUUCUAAGGCAGCUAAUGUGAGCUGGCUUGAAAGAUUUUUGAUAAGCCCAAACCAAGUCUGGGUUCACAUUGAGAUUGGCUAGGUACACCGCCAGAUCCCAGAUUGUAUGAUGCAAAACUAAUCAGCAAGAAGAUUGGGGCCUAUGGCAUCUUUAGUGUCUACUGUGUUCAGCUGUAGCACUUCUUCAAUGCAGACUUCCCCUUUUAGCAGGUUCUCCCAGCAAACAAAUGUGAAGAAAUUGCAGAAGCUGUUGACAUCA